UAUAGUGUGUAGUGUGUCUGUUAUGUAGAAUCAGAGCUAAAAUCGCAUCAUGGAUCUAAUCAAGUCUCUCCGUUUUAUCUCUGAUUUGUUUGUAUUGUUUUUUAUUUUUGCUAAGGUCGAGUGUCGGGACUCGGACUCUGUAACGUGUGGAUCUUUAGUUAAACUGCUGAACACAAAACACAACGUGAGGCUUCAUUCACAUGAUGUGAAAUAUGGAUCAGGUAGUGGGCAGCAGUCGGUGACAGGUGUGGAUACAGCCGACGAUGCAAACAGUUACUGGCGGAUUCGUGGUAAACCAAAUGAAACGUGCCAGCGGGGGGCACCCAUUAAAUGUGGGCAGAGUAUCCGUUUUACUCAUAUGAAGACAGGACGCAACCUCCACAGCCAUCACUUCAGCUCUCCUCUGUCUAACAACCAGGAGGUGAGUGCAUUUGGAGAGAAUGGAGAGGGCGAUGAUUUAGACGUGUGGUCGGUGCAGUGCGGCGGAACUUACUGGGAGCGUGAUGACACCAUCCGGUUCAAACAUGUUGGGACCAGCGUUUAUCUCAGCGUAACUGGAGAACAAUAUGGCAAUCCAAUUAGAGGCCAGCGUGAAGUCCACGGAAUGCCAUCAACUAAUGCUAACAACUACUGGAAGGUUAUGGAGGGAGUUUUUAUCCAACCCAGUACUGAUUAUCUACACCAUGAUGAGCUCUGAUGAUCUGUGGUGUCCUGUACGUCCAGCCAACAGAGACUGUUCCACAAAGUUCACUGACUGUUUAUGUUUUUAAUUUACAUGAUUAGCCGGUUUAUCUUUAUUUCAUCAGGAUAUUUGUUCAUUUCUGCCAUCUGUGUUUAGUUGUUGUAUUUUCCAUUUAUUUCCUGAUUUACCUGUUGAAAAAUGACAGCAAGUAUAAGGUAAAUAAAGAUGUCUUAUUGGGUGAUUAAGGUUUCAGUGUGAUUUAUAUUGUAUUUAUCUGUGGUAAAGGGUUGUCUGAUCAUUGACAGUUUGAGGUAAAGAUUUAUACUGUAACAUCUUUUGAACCAUUGGAUUCUGCAUAGGCUAGAAUACAUACAUCAGAGAAAAGUUAAACUACUAAAUGAAAUUUUUUUCUUUGGUCACUUAAUAUUCCAGCACAUUUUGUAUUGUUUUGCACUUGAGAAUUUGACCAGCUGUACUUUACUUUGCUAUCAAUAAUAAAAAUUGAUUUCCACGAUUA